UAUGAAUACAAUGAGUUAAUGUCACAGCUGACAAAUCAAAAAUACACUACACUCUGUUGUUGUUGUUGUUCUUCUUCUUACCGGAAGUCUUUGUGUUUCGCAUUUCCUCCACCUUCACCAUCUGCACCGUGCCGUACACAGAUGUAGGUGGAGCAAAGGAGGCGACAGAACAGCCCUGUCAAGAAGUUUUUUGGAGAGUCCCCGCAGUUCGCCUUCUUCUUCAGACUUUAAUAUCGGAGAAAAACAAAAGUUAGAGACUCGGAGAGGUGUACACAGAGGAGCGUGAGUCGGACCCGGACGCAGCUAUGGACGGUGUGUAUGGAUGGGGUCUGCCCCCACUCAACCCAGUCCAAUCAGGGAACGCCUUCAUAGAGAUCAUCGAGCAGCCCAAGGCGAGGGGGAUGAGGUUCAGGUACAAGUGUGAGGGGCGUUCAGCGGGCAGCAUCCCCGGAGAGAAGAGCAACGACACCACCAAGACACACCCAGCCAUCAAGGUGCACAACUACAGCGGCCCCCUGCGUAUUCGUAUCUCCUUGGUGACGAAGAACCCACCACACAAGCCCCACCCCCACGAGCUGGUCGGGAAAGACUGCAAACAUGGAUACUACGAGGCCGACCUGCAGGAGAGAAGAAUACACAGUUUUCAGAACCUGGGCAUACAGUGUGUGAAGAAGAAAGAUGUGAAUGAGGCCAUCGUUUGUCGGCUGCAGACCAAUAAUAACCCCUUCAACAUUCCUGAAGCGAAAGUGUGGGAGGAGGAGUUUGACCUGAAUUCAGUUCGGCUUUGCUUCCAGGCCUCCAUCUCUCUGUCCACAGGGGACUUCAUUCCUCUGGAGCCUGUGGUAUCGCAGCCCAUUUAUGACAACAGGGCCCCAAACACGGCCGAGCUGAAGAUCUGCAGAGUCAACCGCAACUCUGGAAGCUGCAAAGGGGGCGAUGAAAUCUUUCUGCUGUGCGACAAAGUGCAAAAAGAGGACAUCGAGGUGCGUUUCUUCCAGGACUCCUGGGAGGGGAAGGGAACUUUCUCCCAGGCUGACGUGCACAGGCAGGUGGCCAUCGUCUUCCGCACGCCUCCGUAUCGCGACACCAAUCUCUCCGAGCCCAUUCGAGUAAAGAUGCAGCUCCGCCGACCCUCCGACCGCGAGGUCAGCGAGCCCAUGGACUUCCAGUAUCUGCCUUCUGACCCAGAUGAAUACAGGCUGAGUGAGAAGAGGAAGCGUACAGGCGACAUGUUCCAGAGCCUGAAGCUGGGGCCCAUGCUGUCCACUGUGUCCAUUCCUCAAGACAGACGCCACAUAAGCCCGGCGAGGAGAACAGUCACGGCCAAGCCUCCAUCAAUGAGCGCACAAGCCGUCCCCCCGGUAGCUGUGGUGCCCCCUAGUGCCGGAGCAGCCAAACUCCAGCCCUCCUACCCCUACAAUCAGCCGGGCCAGCUCUUCUCUGUCCAGCCCAAAGUGGAGUCCUCCCCCUCCAUCUCUGCCGUGACCACGAGCCAAGCAUGGAGGAUCAUGGAGAGCCUGAGCCUGGGCACCCAGCCCAAAGCCACCCCAGUGCCCAACUUCACAACGAGCCAGCCACAGGCCCCCACCUCUUCUGCGACUGCAUCCACCGCCAACCAGGAAUUCUCAACCGUCAACAUGUCAGACCUUCACAAGUACUUCCCCAUGUCCUCGGCGAUCGCUCAGGAGCAGGCCGCCCCUCACGGUAGCGCGACAGCCUCGCAGGCGGGCGGCUCCUUCACCCUGCAGGGCUCUCAGUUCCCGGUGGACUCCCCGCUCUUGGACGACGAUGUCACAGGGUUCCCGAGCUUUGAUGAAACCCAGGCCCGAGGCACUCUGGACAGCCUCAACAUGGAUGACUUUGAGGACCUUCUGAACCCUUCUCUCAUCGGCGACAGUGGAAACAACAUGGUUUUAUCUUCAUGCCAACAAGCUGUCCCUCCCUCUGCUCAGAACGGUGCAGCCGCAUCCCAGAACUCCUUUGACCCGACGAGCAACCCGGGGAGCACCUGGAUGAAUUACCCCAACAGCAUCGUCAACUUGCUCCAGAACGAGGUAAUGAUCGACCUCCCACCCGCCAACAACAACCACAGACCACCCGUCCUGGACGAGUUUGACGAGCUGAUGUCGGCUGAUGAGGAUCGUCUCAUUUCCAUCUUUAACAGCGGGAGCCAAGCCAGGUUUGCCUCAGGACACCCAACUUAAAGUUUGUCUGAGCGACUUCAAGUCGGACAAAUUUACAAGAACCACUUGUAUCUGACUCUUUUAGCUUUCAGAAGUAAACUCCUUUAUAGUCAAUAAAGGAACCAAGGUGGAUAUGGAGUCCUGGAACGGACAGGAAGCAGGGACACUGCGAACUGUGGAGGUUAAAAUACUGGCAAAGACUCUUUGCUGGUAUUCAACAAGUUUGCCAGGCCUUAUAUAAAACAAAUGAUCAACCACAGGACUGAACAUUGAUUGAAUUUUCUUUGCUAAGCUCGUGUUUAGCAUCAAUCAUGAACUAUUUUAACCACUGUGUCAUCAGAUGUGUUCUGCCUACAAAGGCUUGUUUUAUAACGACAAUCAAAUCAGGAUGCUGUUCAAGAAAGCAAGAUUAGUCAAAGUUCAGUAUGUUAACUCUGAGUUCAUGUAGACCUAUUCUGCUGAUCCCCAUUUUAAAACUCACAUAUAAUGUUACAAUGCAAACGAUACCCAGACUAAACGUGGGCAAGGUUUCCCAGGAUAAGUCUGCAGAGGGUGCUAAACGGCUUGUUCUGCAAUAUUUUUUGCGAUAUUUCCCCCGAUAUGAAACAAAGAAUUUCCCCAGCCGGCUUCAAACCUCUACACAAAGCUGUUGAAACCUUACAUAGACUCUCUUCUCCCAGCACUGGAGAGCAGCCCUCCCCCGGCAGCCCGGCAGCCCCGCAGCGUUCUGCCUCCCUCCCAGAAGGCUUCCAGAGAGCUGGCCAAUCAGAAGAAAGUGGGCACAUGGGUUGGAGGGCCUUAAAGAGACAGCAGCUGAAAAAAAAAACCCAUUUCAGGCAGAGGUUGAAAUUAGGUGUUUUUGUAGACGCCAGUAUCAGAUCAAUGAGGAGUUUGUUGUGCUACAAAUCAUGCAAGGCUCCUCAAGAGGUUUCACAGACUGACUACAGGAAAACUAAACAUUAGGAGAAUAUAGGAUCUUUUAAGAGUGGUGUUACCUAGUAGGAAUACAUUUCUUCUAUUACUUAGCUUUUUGGGAAGCUGAAUUGUAACCUAUUUAGUUAGCAAGCUAAUGGUGGCUACGCUACCCCCCCCCCUUUCCCACAGCACUGUAAAACAUUACACAACGCAUUUCACAGUAAUGUUAGCGAGGAAGUGGUUGAUGCUAACAAUGCUAACGGUAGCAUUUAUACAUCCUUAAACCAGUACAGCAGUAGCUAAUGUGUGACCUAAAAUGUUUGUAAAAAAUAAGGCUCUUAAUCAAGAUUUUUAUGCAGCCUUUUUAAACACACAUUGAAGUCCUUAAGUUUUAA